UCCAGUACCUGAGGUGCGCUGGUGGCGAGAGAGUCGAGCAGACGUGGAGAGCGACAAGCUGGAACACUUCGGCAAGACGCUGGUGCUGGAAGACCUCACAGAGGCACACACAGGCGCCUACUACUGCCAAGCUACUAACGAGGCAGGACAGAGCGAGAUACAGCACUUCACUGUCUCCGUGGAAUCUGCGCCAGAGAUGGUGUUGGAGCCAGAGGUGAUCAACCUGCCUCAGGGUGAGACAGCUGUCUUCAACUGUGAAGCAGCUGGUGACCCUGAACCAUCUAUCACCUGGACCAAGAAUGGUGAACCCAUGGACACUCACGACACCACGGUGGGUACUCUGUUUACACCACGGUGGGUACACUGUCUACACAACAGUGGGUACACUGUCUACACCACGGUAGAUACACUGUCUACAACACAAUGGGUACAUUGUCUACACCACGGUGCAUACACAGUCUACACAACAGUGGGUACACUGUCUACACUACGGUAGAUGCACUGUCUAUAU